AUGACACAUGAAAACUGUGUUGUCGAUUGUUUGACGAGUAUUGGAGAGAAUUACAUUGUUACAGGUGGAAGUGAUUCAGCUUUAUAUGUCUGGGAUGCGAAUAAUUUCAAUAAAAUUGCAGCAAUGCAAUUCCACUCGUUCCCGAUCCAGUCAAUAAGUGGAAACAUUGAUUACGAUGUUGUCGCGAGUAUUGACAUUUCAAAUACUAUUUUCAUUACUUCUCCAACAGAAAAAAGAUUGAGAAAUUCAUUUUCUUUAGAAACUCGGGCUUUGACUGUUUCUACUUUGCAUGUUACUGAAAGAGGAGAAAUAAUAGGUUCAAGCUUCAGCGAAGUCUUGAAAUCAACUGUUGUCAACGUUUUCGAUCUAUGUGGAAAUGUUUUGUACAAUGAGAAAUUCCCAUUCGAAAUCAUAGGAAUAAUGACUUCGAUUUUACGUGAUUUUCAAAUGCCUGCUUUUGUUCUUUCUAAGAGUGAUAAGAUACAUCCUUUGAAUAACAGAGUGGACGGAGAAGAUUGGAUAUCCAAGAUUGCAAUGAGAGAUAUCAAGGCUUCAAUGGAUUCUGAGUGGGUUUUCAUGAAAUCUAGAAAAUUAGUUUUCUUGACGCCAAAAGGAGAAGUCAAAUAUAUUAUUUUGUAA